CAAUUUUGCAUGAAACACAUUACACGAUUAGGAUUAAACACGUUUUUAGAGAGAUCAAGACUCAUGAAAAUCGCAAUACAGACGAUAUUCUAUGCAAUAACAAUGAUCAUUUUAAUAAGUUUCUGUUUAGACUCACUGAAAAUGAUUCUGCCAAUAAACACGUACCGCCGCCUAUUGAACACACAUGUCAAGAAUCUCUGGUUUUUUUCGUUUAAACUCAAAAGAAAAAGGUAUUAAAAAGGAUGAAUUUGGAAUUGGAUCACGUUAGAAUCGAGAUGGAGCAUAACAUCAUCGCACACUUUAGUGGAAUAGAAACGUCUAAUCACUCAAUGAAAUCCAUUAUUUUUCCAGUGGAGGAUGGAACAAAAUCAGCUUUGACCAAAUCACUCGAAAAGUUCAAAAAAGAAGUCAACACAUUUUUGACAGAAUGCAUUGAAAAGAACAAAACAACUUCAUCUCAAGUUGACAGUUCUGCAGCAAAUGAUGAAGAACUAGAGAGUGAUGAGGAUGACAAUGAAAACAUGGCAUCCACAAGACCAAACAAGGAAAAACAAAAUUCAUGAUACUAGGCAACGCCGGGACUCCAUUUUGUAUCAACGUUCUGUGCGUUCGCUUCUCUCUGUCGGCACGUAUCAAUUUUACCUCAGCUAAACCACUAAACGAAAAUGUUGGCCCGCAGAACUUUGGCACUCACAAAAUCUUUGGUUGGACGCAAUGGAUUCCAAUUGCGAACAUCAACCAUUUCUGGCCCUGCUCGCGUCAAGGUUUCUACUGGGGAAAUGGCUGUCCUUGGGGUUGUGAUUGCUCUUGGUGUAUCGUUCUUCCCAGCCUGGGUCCUCGUCAACAUCCCUGCUUACAGAGGUGGAGCUGCAGAAUAACUUUCAUUGUUUUUCACCAAUGAAACAGUUGUAGAACAUGUAAAUGAAUGGCAUACAAUAUAAAAAUAUCCUCUUAAAAAAUA